UUGCAUAGAAAAAGUUUGGCGACUUUCUUUGCGAGUUUAGCGCAGAGAGAGGGGUGGGGGGCCUAAGGCUAAGGGCAUUCCUAUUAUGGCUUUAUAAAGGCAAAGAGAGUCAACAGUGACAGUUUAGGCAUUGAAAUUCUAAGCUUUUUCAGAAUCGGGGUCAUACUCGCCAACAGUAACACCCACCUACCUGUCAGCAACAGUCACUCGUUUACUAAAUUCCCCAUCCAGAUCAUAACCCGAAUAGUCCCUAUCCCCUCUAUUCCCUUCCUUAAUUUCCCACAUUCCUCAUUCAACCACCAAUUUCAUUUUAUUUCCCUACCUCGAUGCCUUGUAAGGCCAGAGAGCAGGCCCCGUUUUUGUGUUUAUGUUUCCCGACAAGUUAUUAAUUAAUUUCUAUAGAAUAGAUAGCCUUUUCAUCAUAACAAGUAAAAAAGGUUUUUUAAGUUUUAACCCCUCUUCGCUUUGCCUUUUUCACUUUUCAGAUCCUUUUGCUCUAAAUUCUGAGCAGAGAAUUUAUAUCCCUGUCUGAGGUUAAUCUUUUUUUUUUUUUUUUUAUCGGGAAUCCCCUCCCUCCCUGCCUACGGAUCGUGUCAUUACAUUCCUUUAAAGUUCAAACCCCACCUCUUUUCUUGUAGGACACAACAACAAGAGCAAGAAGAAGAACCUGUUUUUGUGGGUCUAUUUCAGCUGCCACUUAUGGAUAGGAGCGGGCAAAUACCAGCGUUUGGGAAUUGGGAUUACGCAAACGAGUUGCCAAUCACUCAGUACUUCGAGAGUGCGAGACAAGCUGGUUUAGUUCGUUACAGUUCCUCCUCCGGCGAAAGUGACCCUUACGUGCGUGCAGACCGUGACCUUUACGCCGUUGAUUUUAAGAAACCCAUUCGCAACAUCCCACCUUCUACUCUGAAAAAGGCGACGAGGAACAGGGUGGUUAAGGAAAGGGAAAAGGAGAAUGUGAAGAUGAAUAUGAGAAAACAGGGGAAAGUGUGCGACGUGACGGAACAGGCAAGGAAGCCAGUGGCAGCGAUGCAUCUAGACGACGCCGUUCCGCGACUUCCCAAACCUGUUGACGAAGAUCUCUAUAAGAUCCCACCAGAGCUACUUGGCACAACUAAGCGGAAGAAGAAAAUGCUGGGUUUCAUUUCCAAGUGUCUCUCAUGAGCCUAGUCUCCAAGGACUUUUUCUGAGUAGCUAUGUAGUGCUGGUUUUUGCUGCACCCCGAUGCUAAUUUCACUCUUUUUUAUAAAAAUAUAAUGUAUGUUAAGAAUGAAUGUAGUAAUUGUCUUAUAAUUUAAUGGCUUUCGUCUCGGUUCAUUUAUUAUUUUGAUUUUGUCGGUGCCUGCAUUUAUUGUUAUCUUUGAAUUGAAUAUUUGUUUCUAUUGUGCCCA